ACAAAUCAGAGCGGCCCUUCGGCAUGGCCUUUGUCAGACUCAUGAGAAAAGAUGGGACCACACUGAGAGACGGCAGGCAUGACCUUAUCGUCUAUAAGGCGGAUGUGAAAAAAUCAGAGGAUGCAAAGGUUUAUCUCACCUUGCCGGCAACCUGGUCUGAAGUGGAGGAGAAGCAGAACCAAACGGGGAAGCCGUUUCAGCAUUCAGGAGCCAUUCCUGUGACUAAAGACAGCUUCCAGAUCGCCACUCUCACCUGCUCCACUAAACUCACUCAGAAUGUGGACCUGCUUGGCCUUCUGAACUGGAGGUCUAACUCAGAAGAUCUUGACAAGAUCUUGCAAAGACUCAUGGAGGUGGAAGGAGGAGAAAUAGUAAAGUUUCUCCAGGACACUCUCGAUGCUUUGUUCAACAUCAUGAUGGAAACUUCCCAAAAGGACACAUAUGACACCUUGGUGUUUGAUGCUCUGGUUGGUCUUCAUUUAAAUAUUGUUUAAUUUUAUGGAGGUCGU